GCAUAAUGGUCAUGAAAGCUUCCGUAGAUGACGACGAUUCAGGAUGGGAGCUCAGAAUGCCAGAGAAAAUGGAAAACAGCAAUACAGGCUGGGUGGACCUUACCCAAGAGUUUGAAGAAGCUUGUCGAGAAUUAAAGUUGGGAGAAUUGCUUCAUGAUAAGCUAUUUGGUCUUUUUGAAGCAAUGUCUGCUAUUGAAAUGAUGGAUCCCAAGAUGGAUGCUGGCAUGAUUGGAAACCAAGUUAAUCGAAAAGUUCUCAACUUUGAACAAGCUAUCAAGGAUGGCACCAUUAAAAUUAAAGAUCUCACCUUGCCUGAACUGAUAGGGAUAAUGGAUACAUGUUUUUGCUGUUUGAUAACAUGGUUAGAAGGCCAUUCCUUGGCACAGACAGUAUUUACGUGCCUUUACAUUCAUAAUCCAGACUUUAUAGAAGAUCCUGCCAUGAAGGCUUUUGCUCUGGGAAUCUUGAAAAUUUGUGACAUUGCAAGGGAAAAAGUAAAUAAAGCUGCUGUUUUUGAAGAGGAAGAUUUUCAGUCAAUGACUUAUGGAUUUAAAAUGGCUAACAGUGUGACAGAUCUUCGAGUUACAGGCAUGCUAAAAGAUGUGGAGGAUGACAUGCAAAGAAGAGUUAAGAGUACUCGAAGUCGACAAGGAGAAGAAAGAGAUCCAGAAGUUGAACUAGAACACCAACAGUGCUUAGCAGUAUUCAGCAGAGUGAAAUUUACUCGUGUGUUACUGACAGUGCUUAUAGCCUUUACUAAAAAAGAGACCAGUGCUGUUGCAGAAGCUCAAAAAUUGAUGGUGCAAGCAGCAGAUCUUCUUUCUGCCAUUCAUAAUUCAUUGCAUCAUGGCAUCCAGGCCCAGAACGAUACUACAAAAGGAGAUCAUCCAAUUAUGAUGGGCUUUGAACCCCUUGUGAACCAGAGAUUACUUCCACCUACCUUUCCUCGAUAUGCAAAAAUUAUUAAAAGGGAAGAAAUGGUCAAUUAUUUUGCAAGAUUGAUAGAUAGAAUAAAAACUGUCUGUGAGGUUGUGAAUUUAACAAAUUUACAUUGUAUCCUGGAUUUUUUCUGUGAAUUUAGUGAACAAUCACCAUGUGUUCUUUCAAGAUCUCUGUUACAGACCACUUUCCUUGUGGAUAACAAAAAGGUUUUUGGGACUCAUCUCAUGCAAGACAUGGUGAAAGAUGCACUUCGGUCUUUUGUCAGUCCUCCGGUGCUUUCCCCAAAGUGCUGCCUAUAUAAUAAUCACCAGGCUAAGGACUGUAUCGACUCUUUUGUUACUCACUGUGUUCGGCCAUUCUGUAGUCUUAUUCAGAUCCAUGGACAUAACAGGGCUCGACAGAGAGAUAAGCUUGGGCAUAUUCUUGAAGAAUUUGCUACCUUGCAGGAUGAGGCAGAAAAAGUGGAUGCAGCGCUUCACACUAUGCUGUUGAAACAGGAACCCCAAAGGCAACAUUUGGCCUGUUUGGGUACCUGGGUCCUUUACCAUAACCUUCGAAUUAUGAUACAGUACCUUCUAAGUGGCUUUGAAUUGGAACUCUACAGCAUGCAUGAAUACUACUACAUAUAUUGGUAUCUCUCUGAAUUCCUUUACGCAUGGUUGAUGUCAACAUUGAGUCGGGCUGAUGGCUCUCAGAUGGCAGAGGAAAGGAUAAUGGAAGAGCAGCAGAAAGGCCGUAGUAGUAAGAAAACAAAGAAAAAAAAGAAAGUUCGCCCAUUGAGCCGAGAGAUCACAAUGAGCCAGGCAUAUCAGAACAUGUGUGCAGGAAUGUUUAAAACCAUGGUAGCAUUUGACAUGGAUGGCAAAGUACGCAAACCCAAGUUCGAACUUGAUAGUGAGCAAGUUCGGUAUGAGCACAGGUUUGCUCCAUUCAACAGUGUGAUGACCCCACCACCGGUACACUACCUGCAGUUCAAGGAAAUGUCUGACCUCAAUAAAUAUAGCCCUCCUCCUCAGUCUCCGGAACUGUAUGUGGCAGCUAGUAAGCACUUUCAGCAGGCAAAAAUGAUAUUGGAAAAUAUCCCAAACCCAGAUCAUGAGGUCAAUAGAAUUUUAAAGGUUGCCAAACCUAACUUUGUGGUUAUGAAGUUAUUGGCAGGAGGACACAAAAAGGAGUCUAAGGUUCCUCCUGAAUUUGACUUCUCUGCUCACAAAUACUUUCCAGUUGUGAAACUUGUUUGAGAGAAACUGAGAAGGUGACCAUAAAGGGACAAGUCUACUUUCAGGACCCCACUGUUAGAGGGCACAUGCACCACAUUAUGGGAAGUGAAAUGGAUUUCUUGGAUAACAGCUUUUAGUUUGACAGCCUUAUAUGACAUGAAUGAAAACUGCUGUUUUAAAGUGGUUUAUUAUGUUCCAUGAAUGAAACUGGUCGUAUUGAAUGCAUCGAUGAACGUUAUGGUUUUAUUACAGAUUUAAUCAUAAAUCAUUUUUAUGAACGAUUGAGUGAAAAUAGUGUUUGUAAAGGUUAAUAAAUUUCUUGACAAAAAAUGUACUGCUGGAGAUGAAAAACAAUAGCUCUUCGUUGAUACGUGUUAAGACUGAAGAAGGUGUUUGCUCUUUAACAUUUGAGCAGUUCAAGCACAAACUAUCAAAAAGAAGUUUCAAAGAAUUUAUUAUAUACUUGUAUGAGAUUUUGACAAUACAUUUAAAGGGAACUUUUUGGGACUGCUAAGAUGGGAGACUAAAUUACAUGGGAAUUGUGAUUUUAUAUCAUGACACUAUAAGUUAUAUAUCUAUAAGAAUACAGAUUUUUUUUAAACCCCUUUAUUACUUUGGCACUUUUGAAAGAUGACACAUGGCAUUUGCUGGUGACAAUUAUUCAGAAGGAAGGUUGAAACGUAUAUGGAUUAAGUUUUAGAUCUAGGUUUAAAUGUGGCAUGCUCCUUUUUGUUUACUUUAUCUUCAGUUUAACCCAUGAUACAUUUUCAAAUGGGGGGUUGUUAAGUUAUCCUCUAGCUUUGAAAAACUGACUUAUAUCUAAUCUACCUGUACCUAUAAGUGCCUGGUGCCGGAGGCAUCAUCCUUGGUUUGCUGCUUGUUUCUCUUCCUGUCUCCACUCUGAUGUUUGUCGUGGCAGCUGUUUAAGCCUAUGUGGCCUUCCCUUUUGUCCUCUGUAGAAGGCAGAACUAUCAGCAAAAUGAGCUUAAACUGGCUUUUGUGGCUUGGCCUACAACUCGUGACUGUUUUAUAUUUGGUCUGUGGUAAAAGGGUUCUAAGCUUCAAAUACCUUGAUUUUGAUUUGACACCUUUCUUGAAAACGUGAUAUUUAAACUUUUUUUUCUGGAAAUACUUUAAAGCAGCUAACUUGACUGAACUUGCCUGCCUUCAUGGAGAAGAUUGUAGGGUAAGAAUGUUCCUGAUCCCUCUCUUCUCAGCUAAUGAAGUAGUCUGGCUCCUUCUUUCCAGGAGUGGUAAUGGUAACACUUGUGUUAUCCAGGAACAGCCACUAGGCAUGCUGAAAUUUCAGAACCCAGAAGUCUUAAAUAAAAUUUUAAAAAGUA